AUGUCUCGACAACCACCACUAGCGGAGGGGGAAUAUGCCCACUAUGCUAUGAUCUAUCUCGAUAGAGAUGGUAAUCUGUGCCAAAGAGCCUCCGAGUCAAUCGCAGAUAGCCAGCAAACUAUCUUGUCUCCGAGGGUUAAGAGUGAAUUCUUAAGAGCAGUGAGGAUGUCAACAGAGUCCCAAGCAGCACCAUAUGAGACUCCUUACGAUGUGACAGUACCGUCUAGACAAGAGCCACAAUUUAAACAACCUAGCCCCACCCAGUCGCAGGGGGGUCUCGUGGCGUACAACGGAAUGUGUCUCAAUGGCGAGCAGAGCCUACAAGGCCCAGUUCUACCAAAUGACACCUUCCAGCCUCCAAUCUGGCCCCAAUUAAACGAAUCCUGGCCUCAUCUGCAGGUAACGGGCUCAAAACCCAGGAAAAAGAAUUUUGGAGGUCAGAACCUUGACUUGACUUCACACCAAAGGGCCUCAAUCUCCGUGAAAGACAAAGAGCUUCUACGCCUUUACUAUGAGAAAGCCUUCCAGAAUUUACAACAAACAAACUGCCGAGUGAUUGCGAAAGCUUACAUCAAACUGGUCGAGCCUCGUAAGCAAGUGAACUACCCCUACAAUGGUCGGAAGAUCGUAGGUGGGAUCACUCGACAGCUCGAACCAGAGGCAACCAAACCACCAUGGUGGCCAAGUGGAGUGAGCCACCGGGAGCCAGACCAUCUUCCGAAAGUUGAACGCAUUCGCCUAUUAGUACACAUUCUCUGCGAACUGCGUGAAAGAUACGGAGUCACCACCGCCAGAUUAAAAGAAUGCGAUCAGCCCAUUCGCCGUCAGAUUCUCCCAGUCGAGCGUUUACACAUUUUGGAUGAGAUUUAUCGAGUUCGAGAGGAAGAGCAAAAGCUCCUUGAUGGGGUAACAGGUACACCAUUGAUCAAACCUCCUCUCAAUGCUCGAAAGCUGACACAUUCUCUCCCAACAGAUGGAGAACAGGCCGUCUUUAUAUCUCGAACCAACCUCCCCCAACUAGCAGAAGACACAUUAAGCGGACAAAGCUCGCCAGCCGACCCAGAACCAGGCCCCCAGAACGCCGGAUCUGAAUGCAGCGACGAAUUUUCCGGCAUCGACGACCUCAAUCGAAUAACCCCCGGAGACCUCUCCAGCGCGAGCUCAUACAACAUCAAUGCUCCCGAUCUCUACAGCCCGACGGUCCACAUGCCUCCAGAGAUCCAAUACCAACCCGUUGACCCGUCCACAAACAGGUCCACAUCCCCGGUAAAGUCAAAGAGGAAACGCGAGUCUUUUGCUGGAACGCAUUUGGUGGAUCGGACGCGCCCAGUUGACCUCGCACACUACCCAUAUCCCGCGGAUUCUACCGUUCCACCAAUCCCGAUGGAAUAUUAUGCUACGGCCCCUAUGCCCCCUAACGCUGGUGUUCCGAUCUCUCAUCCUUCAACAGAGAGCUUGUCCACGGAGCCAAUGAUGCCAUAUGCCCAGCCGGGCCAGCCCUACUAUUUUAACUACUGA